AUGAAUUCCUUCUUUUUCUUUCGUUUUUCUCCCCUUUAUUUUAGUUCUUGUUUACGUUAUUCAUUUUUAUUCUCUCCUUUCUUUCUUUCUUUCUUUCUUUCUUUCUUUCUUUCUUUCUUCAGCUCUUCUAGUUUUCUUUCUUUCUUCUUCAUUUCUAAACAACCUUUUCAUUUCUCAACCCUUUUCAUCGCACUCUACCAUUUAUACACGUUUCAAUUGUAUUUGCUUCUUUCUUUCUUUUUUUCUUUCUUUCUUUCUUUUUUCUUUCUUUCUUUCUUUCUUUCUUUCUUUCUUCUUUCUUUCUUUCUUUCUUUCUUAAGUGUUUUUCUUUCUCACCCUUUUCCUUGUUUUUGUUCUUCCAUUCUUUUCGUUACUGUGUUUCGUUUACUUUCUUUCUUUUUACUUCUUAUUUAUUUAUUUAUUUCUUCCUCGUUCUUAAGUUCAUUGUUUGAUGCUCACAUUCGCUUAUCCUUUCGUCUUUUGUGCUUUCGUCCGUUUGUUUUCUUUUUUGUUUGUUUGUUUGCCUCUUUCUUUCUUUCUUUCUUUCUUUCUUUCUUUCUUUCUUUACACAUCAUAGCCAUUUCUCCUUUUGCCGUUCUUCCUUUUUCAUUUUUCCUCAUUCUAUUCUAUAAUUUUUCUUCGAUGUUCGAUUUCGUUUCAUUUCAUUUUCUCUCUUUCGUUCUUUCUUCCGGUCUUUCUUUCUUUCUUUCUUUCUUUCGUUCUUUCUUUCGUUCUUUCUUUCGUCCUUUCUUUCUUUCUUUCUUUCUUUCUUUCUUUCUUUCGUUCGUUCUUUCUUUCGUUCGUUCGUUCGUUCGUUCUUUCUUUCUUUCUUUCUAUCUUUCGUUCGUUCUUUCUUUCGUUCUUUCUUUCUUUCUUUCUUUCGUUCGUCCUUUCUUUCUUUUUUCUUUCUUUUUUCUUUCUUUCUUUUUAGCUUCCUUUAUUUUUUCUCUCCUUCUUCCUUCCUUCCUUUCUUUUCUUCUUUUUUCUUUUCUUCUUUUUUCUUUUCUUCUAUAA